AUGUCUUCCGCGCGCAGCGAGGGCUCUGAACGCUCUCCUGAUGAGGUACCGAGCCUCAUGUCGAGCACCACGCCUUUAGCCGCCGUGGCCCCUGUGGACUCCAUCGGCGUCAAGGCCUCGCCGGCGGCAUCGCUCCUCACGGCAAUCUGCAGCCCGACACAAACCAUCAGCAACGUCUCGGUGGCCUCCUCGCACACCUCGGUGAUGCGACUGUCGCGCACCGAGGUGCUCGCCCGCACGGUGCACCUUCGCUGCCUACCGCCCUUCAUGAAGCAGAGGAUCCUCGCGGAUGUCUUCGAGGACUGCGGUGAGUACCUGCGCGUGCGCAUUUGCGGCAACGCCGCCACGCACCAGAAAUGGGUGUACGGCUUCGUGGAAUUUGCCACCAAAGAUGCAGCGGCGAAGAUGACUGCAUACUGUGGGAUGGAGCUGCCCAACGGCCCCGAUAAGCCCCCGCUGCGCCUCAAGCUCAGCCCAUCAAAGCAGCCGAUUCUCGACUGCAUGGCGUACGACGCUGAUGUAGUCAACGGCACUCCUUGUGGCUUCGGUCGCGGGCACCUGGCCGAGUGCACACUGAACGAUGUGCUGCUGGUGGUAGGCAGCGGCAGUGGCACCCCAAAAUCAAGCACGACAGGAGGCGGAAGCAGCAGCGGCGGGGGCUGCGGUGGCGUGGGCGAUCGUCGCAUGAAGGCGGCCAACAACGCACUGACCGCUCUCACGGUGCAGUCGAUUCGCAAGGUUGCUGCUACUGGGUGCGGGUGUGGCUGCUCCGGCGUGAACUGCUGCCGCUGCUGCAGCUGCUGGAAGGGGUUGCCGGAGUCCACGGAACGCGCCGCUUGUGCUGGCGGAGAGGUUUCGUCGGGCAUAGAUGCUCAAGGGACCGCAGCGGCUGUUGGUGCCCCCGCUGCCGCACGCGGGUGUGCUGGCUGUGCCACCGGUGAUGGCGGAUUAGCAAUGGCGACGCACCCGAGCGACUGCUGCGGUGACGCGGCUGCGACGCUGCCGCAACUGACAGCAAUGUGCUCCGGGCUCGUGGACCUUCAGAUGCCUUUCGUGUUCCCUGGCGGUGGCUCCCCUCUCGACAUCAUGCAGCAGCUCGCCGCCGCCUUCCAGGGCCUCCGCGACAGUGCUGCCACUCAUGAGAGUCAGCUGGAUGGUCCGUCGAUUGCGCGGCGGGCGGAGGCCAUGGCGCUUGAGGCGAUGCACCGCUCCGGUCGUUUCACUUCGGACACGUGCAUUCAGGACACCUUGUCGGAGCUGACGCAGCUGCUCGCCUUCCUGGACUCGAACGCAGCCGUGACGGGAGGCGCCGCGCAGACCGCCUCCGGGGACUGUACCGCGACUGUCCCUCAGCGUGUCACGCAGUUGAGGAUGCUGGCGCACCUCGUUAGCGCUCUCUUGUGUGUGAUGCGCCGCCGUGUCGGGGAUGCCGUACCGCACGUGGAGGCGGUGCUCGUCACCUUUGCGCAGAUUCCGCCCUCCACGCUGCUGUUGCGUGCUCGGCGGCAUGGCAAAGCCGUUGCGGUGCUGGAGCAGCGCCAUGCUGAGAAAUCGAAGCGUUCUCAGGUGCUCGGGGCAUCGCAUGAGGGCCGUGGCCCAGGUGCCGUCGCAUGCGCUGCCGCCGCGAUCGGUGCCCCUGCCGUCUCUUCGCUAGUCAAGCGCCGUUGUGUUCCGUCCCUCCCACUGGGCUCAUUCGUCGAUGAGGAUGUGGCGGGGUCUCUGCUGGAAAUGGUGGACGAGGAAGGCGAGUACGACGGCAGCCACUGCGAGGAUGCGAAAAUCCACCACAUGAGCAACCGUGAUGACUCGCUGGACAAGGACGAUAUCGAGGACAAGGAUGAUGACACAGCUCUGCUGAAGGACAGCAGCGGCUCCGCCUCCAGCUGCACCUACGCCAGUGAGGCGUUUUGGAACUCCACCGACACGGCUGCCUUGUGCCGCCGUGACGAGUCCUUCUCGCGCUAUGUGCUGAACGUUCUUGUCUCCGUAGGGCUUGCGAUGGAGGAGGUCCACUCCGUCAUUGCCCGAAGCGCCUACAUGCUAGCGAACGGACGGGCGAUGGAGGUGUUUGGGGAGCCUAGUAAGCUACUGGCCGACCGCCUGGCUGCCGCCCCCACCGGCAAUCCGCAUCUGUGCGCCGCACUUUUCGCGGAGAUGGCCAAGAACGGCAGCGCUCGCGACGUCACCUUUUUUCCGCAUCAGUUCUUCGAAAGCGUCAAUGUGGUGUCGCAACGACUGCUUGAUAUACGCGGGACGGAAUGCUUCUGGCGUCAGCUUCCGCCCAACCACAUCGUGACUCUCUUCAAUGCGUAA